AUGUUAUCUCGGAUUAACCAUAAGAACUUUGUCAAUCUCAUCGGCUACUGUGAGGAGGAUGAAUCUUUCAAUAGGAUGAUGAUAUUUGAAUACGCUCCUAAUGGAACCCUCUUUGAGUAUCUUCAUGUUAAGGAAAUGGAACAUCUUGACUGGAGUGCAAGGAUGAGGAUUAUCACGGGCAUUGCUUAUUGCUUACAAUACAUGCACCGUGAUUUAAAUCCACCAGUGGCACAUUCUAACUUGAAUUCACAUAAUAUCUUUCUAACUGAUGACUAUGCAGCUAAGGCUGUUGAAUAUUUGAAUGACAAAUGUAGUAUCAGUUACCUGAUUGACCCAACCCUCAAGUCUUUCAAAAACAAUGAGCUUGACCUCAUAUGCGAGAUUAUCCAAGAGUGCAUACAACCAGAUUCAAGGCAAAGACCAACAAUGAAGGAUAUCACUUCCAAGUUGAGGGAAGUGAUUGCUAUCUCACUUGAUCAAGCAACUCCAAGACUUUCUCCGCUUUGGUGGGCUGAACUUGAAAUUUUAUUUGUUGAGGUGACUUAA